UCUAAUCUAAAUAAGAGAAUAAAAUAAUUGCUUACGGAGAGUCUCUGUGUGAGGAAGAGUGUUUAAAUUAUUUAUAAACAAGCGGAAGUGAUCAUUGUUGGAGUGUGUAACAACCGACUUUGUCAAUCUCGUAAACCGACGUGAUGAGUGGAUUUGCUUCGCAUAUUCCUUCCAUGGCACUUCUCGGAUCCGGAUUAACGAGCGAGGUUGGAUUACGAGUACUGUUGUCUCCAGUUGGUUCCAAUAUCGUACUUCGUACCGCAUGCUGUUCCAUUGGGAUCGGGUUGCCUGUGUACUCCACUUUCAAGGCAAUAGAGAAUAGAGAUCAGAGUGCACAACGAAAAUGGCUUAUUUACUGGGCAGCUUAUGGUUCUUUCAGCCUUGUUGAAGUGUUCACGGACAAGCUCAUUUCCUGGUUUCCACUGUAUUAUCAUGCAAAGUUUGCAUUCCUCGUCUGGCUUCAACUUCCCAGCAUUGAUGGAGCAAAACAAAUAUAUAACAACCGUCUUCGCCCUUUCCUUGUGCGACACCAAGGUAGAGUGGACCGAGUCGUGGAUGGAGUAUAUGGAGAAAUGGUACGUUAUUAGCUUUCUUCACAACUCAGAUGAUUCUUCAUUCUUGAGUUGCUUUUCUACAAAUGCUUUAUCAAACACACACAACGUUUGCAGGUCAAGGUCGUUAGGACACACCAAGGAGGAGUACGGUUGGUGCGAUCAAUCAUUGUCAAAAUCUUGGGAUCAGGCAGUGAAGCUGCUCCAC